UACAUUUUAGAUGAUUAAAGAAAAGCCAUGGUACAAACACAUAACAGUAGAACCAACAAUGUUUUUAUAUAUGAUGGCAUUUAUGAUAACGAAUGUGAUUGAACAAACUUUUUAUGUCUUCCGUGCCUGCACUGUUGAUCAUGGAUACAGUGAAGAGAUUUGUUAUGAAAUAAAUAAGCAUCAAGAAAUAAAUAAUGAAGUUCAGGUAACAACUUCUACUUUCCAUCAGUGGAAUGGGAUAGCCAGCCACAUAGUGCCUCUUCUCUUAGCAUUCUUCUUGGGCUCGUACAGUGAUAAACGAGGAAGAAAAUUUAUUCUUCUCGCUGGUCUAGUGGGCAAGCUCUACUUUUCGGCGAUGAUAACUUUAAAUACAAUCAAAGCAUGGCCUCUGAAUUACGUGAUUUACACAGCGACCUUUCCGAGCGCGCUCACUGGUGCUGACUUGGCCAUAUUUGCGGCUUGCUUCGCUUACAUAGCGGAUGUUUCCUCUCUGAAAAACAGAACGCUCAGGGUGGGAAUUUUGGACGUGGUUUAUCUAUCUAGUUUACCCACUGGUGUUGCUGUCGGUAACGUGUUGUAUAAUAAGGUAGUGAACAAGUCGUUUACUGCAAUGUUUGCCAUCAACACCUGCCUCAUGAUUCUCGCUACUCUCCACUGUCUAAUAUUCCUAGAAUGGCAGACCAGUCCCACACAGAAAUCCCCGAAAGAUGCCGGAGUUAGAAAUUCUGUCGCAGACUUUUUCGACCUCGGCAAUAUAAAAAGAACAAUUAUUACAUUAACUAAGCGAAGAGAAGAGAAUCGAAGACUGUUUCUGUGGUUCCUAUUGAUAUCUAUGGCGUUUUAUACAUUCCAAAGAGAUGAACGUCCAGUGAUGUAUUUGUACACAUCACUAGUAUUCCAAUGGGACGCGACCGCAUUUAGUAAUUUUAGAACUUACCUCAGCACCGCUUACGUUGUAAUAAUGCUGUUUGGCAUCCCGCUCAUGACUAAAGUAUUUAAGUGGCGUGACACUGUGAUAAUAAUGUUAGGUGCGUCAGCGCAUAUUUCGGGUCACUUGUUCUAUGCGCACGCGUCUGUUGAUAAAUUGAUGUAUGUUGGUGCGACGGCCGCCGCUUUAGGACCGUGUGUGGCGCCACUUAUUCGCUCUAUGGCUUCAAAGGUGUUGCCAGCUUCGGAAAGAGGCGUGGCGUAUGCGUUUCUGUCAGUGAUGGAGAACGUUGUGGCAAUGUUUGCAUCCGUCAUAUACACGCAGCUAUAUAAAGCGACGAUCAAUACAGAAUAUAUCAACUCCAUAUUCUAUCUCACGAUGACUACACAAGCUAUCGUAUUUGUAUUAGCGCUAUCAAUGGAAAUUCUUUUAAAAGGGAAAAGUAUAGAAGCUCCUGUUGAAGAAGAAGAGAAAGAAAUCUCCGUCACAUCCUGA